CGUCUCUCGACUCGCGGCCCGUCCCCCUUAAAGAAUGGGCUUGCCUCACCCCGUGGUUCCUCUGAAGACCUGUGGGAGUCUCAUCUUGCGUUUAUUCUAAGCUUCAUGAUGGCUACAAUCACUCAGCAGCAACAUUCGUUAACAGACCCUUACGAACUUGCCGAAACACCCAAGCAACCCCGCAAUGAACAAGUGCUAGGAUCUGACGACUCUCCAGAGGCUGAACAGAGCGACAAACUCGACAACGGUACCCUAUUGAAGCUCAUAGCAGCAGGCUUCGCCUUUUUCAUCUCCGGAGUCAAUGACGGCAGUGUCGGUCCUCUUCUUCCCUACAUGAUCCGCGACUAUAAUAUCACUACAGCAGUCGUAUCCAUUGUCUACGGAGCAAAUUUCCUCGGCUGGUUCCUCGCAGCUCUCACAAACACUCACCUCCGUCAAAGAUUUGACCUCGGCGGACUACUCGCUUUUGGCGCCUUUUUUCAAGUCCUGGCCCAUGCACUCCGGGCAUGGCGGCCACCGUUCCCAUUCUUCGCGGUCACAUUCUGGCUUGUAUGCCUCGGACAAGCGUAUCAAGAUGCAGGUGCAAAUGCCUACGUAGCCAGUGCCAAGGCCGCCCAUCGAUGGCUUGCUUUCAUCCAUGCGUUGUACAUGGCAGGGUGUCUGCUAGCUCCAUUUGUCGCGACACCAAUUGCAUCGGCUGGAGAGACAUCUAGAUGGUAUCUGUUCUACAUCUUCCCGCUAGCCAUUGGUGUUCUCAACUUCGCCCUGACUUGCUACGCCUUCCGAGACACCAUUAAAUUCGGACGCAAAAAGACUGAUCCGACUGGGCAAGAAGCAGAGGGUAAUGGCGAGGAGAAAAAGAGCGCAUCUCAACUAAUGAAAACUGCUUUACGAUCAAAGUCUCUUUGGAUGGUCAGUAUCUUCUUCUUCUUCCUACUUGGCGCAACCAUCACGGCAAGUGGAUGGAUUGUCGAAUACCUCGUUGAGAUUCGCGGCGGCAAUCUCGGCGCGAUGGGCUAUGUCCCGGCAGGCUUCAACGGAGGGGCUAUGCUUGGUCGCCUGCUUUUGGCUGAGCCUACCUAUCGCCUUGGAGAGAGGAGAAUGAUUCUGCUCUAUGUGGUGCUCUGCAUAGCCUUCCAGUUGGUCUUUUGGCUGGUGCCCAACAUUAUCGCCGCAUCAGUCGCCAUCAGUUUCUUUGGGUUCUUCUCUGGUCCGUUGUUCGCAACAGGCAUAUCUAUUGGAUCAAAACUCUUCUCACCAGAGGUUCAAGCAACAGCUCUCUCGUUCGUGUUUGUCAUUGGGCAGAUUGGUGGAUCCCUGUUUCCCGUCAUUACGGGCGUCAUUGCAUCUCGCAUUGGCGUCGGCGUGCUGCAGCCUGUUCUGAUUGCUCUGAUUGCAGGAACAGGUAUCAGUUGGAUGCUAAUACCUAAGCCCAAGGAGUCAUCAAACACCGCCUUGCAUCAGGAGUAGAAGUUGAGCAAGCAAUUGCACUUAUACAAAUCAAGAGGCUCAAGCUUUCAAAUGAAGCUUUUCCUUGGGGAGAUUGUAGUUUCACCUGGCACUUCAUCAGGAUCGCAUUGUAUAGUUCGCGACUGAGGGCAUGUCAACAACAAUUGUUUAAGGUCCUACUAAAGUAGUACUAUUGGUUGUGUGUGAUGUGUGAUAAAACAUGUGAGCAAAGACUAGCAAAUGCCCAUGAGGAGAUGCGAUAUCUGCC